GUCCGUCUUUCUUCCUCCUCCUCCUCCUCCUCCUCCUCCUCAAGCAGAAUUGGAUUGUCUGGUCUUAUGGUGUUCCCUAGCAACCGUUAUAGUUCCCCUCUCAUUUACAAUCUUCUCAAUGUAUGUGUGCCCACGUUUGCCUAAAAUUGUCCCUGAUCUGGCAGAAAUGUGUUACACAAUCCACCUCUUUUAUUUUGCUGCUGGAAAUGGGCGUUUGACUGUUAAAAUAGCAAAAGAAAAAGUGAUCACAUUUAAGUUUGCCAUAAUAUCUCGGGCCGUGCUCUUUUUCCUCCCCCUCCUCCUUCAGUUGGCAGUUGGCACAUAGUGUUUAUUUGCCGUCUGCCAGGAUGUGCCAUAUUCUUAUACAAACAGCAGUGCAGCAUGUGAGGAGAAGUUUGUACAAGUUGUCUCACCUUGUUUUUGUCAUGGCUCGCCCAAUGCGGCCGUAGCUGCAAAUAUAUAAAAACAGUGACGCAUGUGAUCAUAAUCUAUGAGUUUGCUGUAGAUCAAGUGAUGCAAAUAAACUAACAAAUACAUCCCUGAGGGGUUAGAAGUGGGUGUGAAGCUCGGGCUGGAGUAGGAAUGAGGAAGAAGGAUUGCAUCCCAUCUGUCAUCCGAAGAGGACAAAAUCACCCAAAGGGCUUGAAAAUUCAUAUAUAGUCACUUCUACGUAUUCUUCCCGUAAUAUAACCUGGUCAUCUCAGGAUAUAUAGUGUGAAGAAGCUGCUGUUUAUCAGUGCACGAAGCUGCGUCACGCCAUUGUCAGUGAUGACACUCUCUGACCAAGUUAGGAAGGCUGUUGUGUAAAAGAUAUGGAAACAGUAUGGAAAGCACGUAUCUGGUAGCUGUCAAAUGUGACGUUGUUGUUCUAUAAUAUAUCUUGGCCUGUAUAAACUGGUUUUAAAGUACACAUAGGCCCAGAGACGGUUUGAUCAUACAAAUGUAAAACGAUACUGAGACAAGUUGAAUGUUUUGUCUUGCAGAUUAUUUUUUAGCACAAAUGAUGAAAGAUCCCCUCCAGACAUGUAUUAAGACAUAAAUGAACAAUGACGUGUAUCUGAUCUGGGUUUUUUGUCUGCAAAACAAACUAUAAUCACCACAUUCAAAUCUUUAAAAAGGCCUCUACUGCUAUGUGCACUGGAAGCUUCAAGUGUCAACAUCACACUUAUAUAAGUCACAUACUGGACCAGGGUUGACUUCCAGACUAUUUGUGAUGUUAUAGAUCACGCUAAUAGGCCCUGCCCCUUAAAAUCUGUUUUUCAAUGAGCACAGAGAAACUUUCCACUUUCAGCAGAUGUGUCGAGUGUCGAACUCUGCACAUACAUUCUGCACAGCGAAGCUCAAACGCCCGACUGUAGGAACGAAAAAGAACAAUUAGCUUCAGCUCAUUUUUUGUUUUUCGUAAUGCAUUAUGGAGUUAAGGAAGAGAGAGAAAGAGAGAGAGAGACAGUAGACAUACAGUUUCAGAAAUGAAAAUAUGUUGAAAGGACCUGGGAAUAUUUCACACUCCACAGCAGUAUGUCUGUAACGUGACGCUGGGGAGGAAAGAAAAAAAAACAAAAAAACAUCAGUCUGUCAUCAUGUCUCCUCAUUGAAAAGAAAACGGCAGAAUAGUUGACACAGUGCUGUGGCUCUCCGCAGAUCUUUGCCAGUCAGUUAGUGUGAGGACACACCUGCGCACACAAAACACACACACACACACACACACAUCCUAUUUGUCCAAUAGCUGUGCAUGAAUACCAAGCAACAGUGUGCAAUGAAAACCUGGUGUUCUAGGUCAAUAUUAAGAUAUUUGAAAAAGAUCAUAUCAUGUUUUCCAAGUCACACCCAUGGAAAGCAAUUAUGCAUUUAAAUCGUUGAGCUGGAGCAUAACAACCAACACAGUUUUAUCUCGUAUCCAAUCAUGUUUUGCGAGCUCCAUUGCUAAAACUCCGCUUUGUUUUGGUCCCAUUACUAGUAGCGACGCUACAUGACUCACUUAUGAAUGCUAAUGCCCUUUAGCCUUGGAUGAGUGUUACAUGUGUUUAUCAUGGGAAAAAACUAUACAUGUACACCCCCUUUUUUUCACACAAUGCUCAUGACCUGAACAUGCCUCACGGUGGGUUACAUAUGAAUAAGCCAUGGCAGUAAAAGACGAUGAAAAGGUUUAUUUAAUACAUUCUUUUCAUCACUCAUUUGACUGGUAGAUGAGCAAUGUGGACAUUAAUGGUCCUGAUGACAUGGUCUUGAUGUGUGUAAGACAUGCUCGGGCUGUCCCACAUUGGAACUGAGUAGCGUGGGUGAGGGGUGUUCAUACACAGCUGUCAUGUGCGUUCUGCAGUUCAAAACCUGAUGUGGAUUGGUGGGCCAGUAAUGAUAAUGUAAUGUGCAGUGGGGCGUUUGACACCAGCUCUGCCAUGUCUAUGUCUGACAUGGGCCACCUGUCCUCUGUAACACCUGUGUCUCAUAUUCAGAGGACCGGGGCCUUUUUAAAAAGUAUUUUUGGGGCACUUUAAGCCUUUAUUGUAGAGCUGACAGUAAAAGGAUGACAGAAAAUGGGGAGAGAGAGAGCUGGGGAACAACAUGAAACAUUGCAUUGGUGGAAGAAGUAUUCAGAUCAGCCACACUUAGUACUCAGUGUGCAGAAAAAUGGUCCCUGUCAGUGUUUUAGUAUCAUAUAUGAUGUUUUUGGAUUAAUGUUACUGCUGCAUUAAUGGCUAUGGCUGAGCUGCUUUGAACUACUUUACAUACUGUUGGAUACUUUAAUCUGUGCAUCAUAUUCUGUCAUCAUGUUUAUAGUGUCACUGUCCUGUGAGAACAACGUAUCUUUAAAAAGGUUUUCAUGAGAAAAACAGCCCCGUCUUCAGCUUUGUGACAAUGAGUUUCCAAACUUUCACUAAAUUUGGAGAUUGAUGGUUUUCACUGAACAGGGAGGGUAUGAGUAAUUCAAUCAGAAAAGUAACUAAAAGUACAAAAAAUGUACUUACACUGCAGCUCACAGCCAGCAGCACAAACCCAUAAGCCACCAGGGUGCCCCAGAAAAGUGGAUCAUUAAAGUAUGACAGCAUUUGUCGUUAUAUAGCCUUUCAUAUAUCAUCUGCAUGAAGUACUGACCCAAAUGUAUAACAGUUCAUCAAGAUCCUGGAAGAGUGUGAUUGAAUUGCUCAUUUAUGACAUUCUAAACUCUUAUCAAAUUCUAAAUAUUGGAAGUAAGGUAUGAAAUUAAAUUAGAAAAGAAACUACUGCGACUGUGAGAUUACCACAGACGUACAAGGCUACAGUUAGGAAUAUGGAGAGAUUUCAUUAGAUACUCUGCUGGGUUAUUGUUCAUUUCACACAUAUCUGUGUGCAGCUCCCACUGCUGCCGCUCAUUAAAACGGGGUCGCUGCAGUUGCGUCUUUCUCUUUCUUCCUGCAAAAUUGGCAGCGACUCACUGAUAGCAGAAGGAAAAUAAAGAGGUCUCACUCCGAUACAUAUCUUCUAUCUACCAGAAGUAACAUUGUUAUGGAGAUUGAAGUCCCCCAUGUAACACAACAUAGAGACUGGAUCUUUUUUUAGACAAUCAGUGAGUCCUCCAACUUCCAACAGCUUUGUAUGAUAAACAGCCCAAUUCUUAAUGAUAGCAGUGUGUUUACCAGCCAUAUUAAACUACUACUAAUUUAGAUCUACAGCAGAAUGACUGAGCUAUAUAAAAAAAGAAGCAUUUAUUCAUCUAUUUUAUAAUAAUACUGGAAUGUGAGGCAUGGGAUAUCCCUGCAAGAAAAAAAAAUAUAUAUAUAUACAUAAGAGUGAAUGUAUAGGCCUAAAUAUGCAUUUACAGCUCUAUUUCCACCAAAUACAGCACAUGUAAUUCAGCUGUAACAAUGUCCAAUCUCUAUGUGACGCCCACUCGGUCUGGAUAUUUGGGUCUGGCUUUUUCGCCCGUGAGUGAGCCGUCUUCUGGAAAGUGUAGACGAUCUUUGUCGCUGCUGGUUUUGACAGCGGCGGGGGAGCUGGUGAGGAGAGUGGAGGAUCCGUGUGUGUGUGUGUGUGUGUGUGUGUGUGUGUGUGUGUGUGUGUGUGUGUGUGUGUGUGUGGACCACAGAUAGCUGCUGCAGCGGCUGAGAGAGAGAGGGGGGACGGACACACACCGGCCGGGCACGGUCCGUCAAACACACGCCUCAUCAUUUUUCUCCAGCAUCAACACACACUCACUCGCAGAGGGAGGAAGGAAACAGGAGCCGGUUUGCAGAAGACGGUUUGAACCACUUCCUGAAGACGGACAGUGGCAGAGAUUAAAUCCUCACAGUGUGGAUCCCCACUUUGUCACUCCGCUGACCACCCUGACUGUGUCGUUGAAUUUCGACAGAAGGUUUUCAUCGUGACACACCCAACCAUGGACAGGAAGAGGAAGUGGGUGCCGGGCUUUGGGGCUGUGCUACUCAUACUCAUGAGUCACAUGACUUCAGCGCUGGAAGUGCCUCUUGAUCCUAAAGUACUGGAAGGAUUACCCCAACCCCCCACCAUAACGCUACAGUCCCCAAAGGAUUACAUCUUUGAUCCGCGGGAGAACAUUGUCAUCCACUGUGAGGCCAAGGGGAAGCCUCAUCCCAGCUUUUCAUGGACAAGAAAUGGGACCCACUUUGAUGUAGAAAAAGACUCCAAAGUCCUGAUGAAGCCCGGUUCAGGAACUCUGGUCAUUGACAUCAGCGGGGAAAAGGCUGAGGCUUAUGAAGGAACAUACCAGUGCACAGCACACAACGAGCACGGCACAGCUGUAGCCAACAGUAUUGUCAUCAGACAGUCCAGGUCCCCCUUGUGGUCGAAGGAGAGAAAUGAGGCCAUCGUGGUGCAGAUGGGGGUCUCCCUAGUGCUGCAGUGCCGACCCCCUGCAGGGCUGCCCCCUCCUGUCAUCUUCUGGAUGGAUAACAACUUCCAGAGGUUACCGCUGGAUAAAAGAGUGUCCCAGGCUCUGAAUGGGGACUUGUACUUUUCAAAUGUUCUCCCAGAAGACAGCAGGCCUGACUACAUCUGUUAUGCCCGCUUCCCUCACACUCAAACCAUCCAGCAGAAACAGCCUAUCUCAGUCACCGUGCUGGACAACAGCCCAGAGGGGGAGCAUCGCCCCGGUUUCAUGAUGCCUCUGGGCACCACCAGCAACAAGAUGGUUCUGAGAGGGGAGAUUCUGGAGCUGGAAUGCAUUGCUGAGGGCUUGCCCACUCCAGAGAUCUCCUGGCAGAAAGAUGGAGGAGAGCUGCCGGGCAGUAGGACGUCCUUUCAAAACUUUCAGAAAACACUCAAGAUUUCGGAUGUGAAUGAAGCUGAUGCAGGGGACUACCGCUGUGCAGCCACAAACAAACUUGGCACUGCACACCACGUCAUCAAGGUCACUGUCAAAGCGGCCCCUUUCUGGGUCAGCGCUCCCAGGAACCUGAUCCUCGCCCCGAAUGAGACUGGCAUCCUGACUUGUCGAGUCAAUGGAGAACCCAAACCGAAGAUCAGCUGGUUUGUCAAUGGAGUCCCUAUAGAGAAUGCACCGGAGGACCCCGGUCGGAAGGUGGAUGGCGACACUGUGAUUCUUAGCAACGUGCAGUCAGGCUCCAGUGCUGUCUACCAGUGUAAUGCAUCCAAUGAAUUUGGGUACCUGCUGGCAAAUGCUUUUGUCAAUGUUCUCGCUGAGCCACCAAGGGUGCUCACUCCACCCAACCGAGUGUACCAGGUCAUCACCAACAAUCCUGCAUUACUUCACUGCGCCUCCUUUGGCUCACCAAUACCAACCAUCACAUGGUUCAAAGACAGUCAGACCAGCGUUAAGAAUGGUGACCCUUAUGUGAUCCAUGAGAAUGGUACAUUGGAGAUCCACGUGGCCCAACCUCUGAACAGUGGAAAGUACACCUGCAUUGCCACCAACAACCUGGGGAUCAAAGAGAAUCAUGUCUACCUGGAGGUUAAAGAGCCCACCCGUAUCCUGAAACAGCCAGAGUACAAGGUGGUGCAGAGAGGAAUGAGCGCCGAAUUCGAGUGUAAAGUCAAACACGACCCAUCCCUCAUUCCCACCAUGACUUGGCUCAAAGACAACGGAGAGCUGCCUGAUGAUGAGAGGUUUGUGGUGGACAUGGAAAGUCUGAUCAUCAAAGACGUGACAGAUGGAGAUGAGGGCACCUACACCUGCAUCAUGAACACCACCUUGGACCAGGACUCAGCCAGUGCCAUGCUGACUGUCGUAGAGGCUACACCUACUCCAGCUAUUGUCUACGAGAAACCUGACCCUCCGACUGACCUGGAACUGACUGACCAGACAGAGAGGAGCGUUCAGCUCACCUGGAUCCCUGGAGAUGAACACAACAGUCCCACAGAGAAGUUUCUGAUUCAAUAUGAGGAUCUGCUCCACCAGCCAGGAGUUUGGAUCAACCUGACAGAGGUUGAUGGUACUGGCACCACCGCACAGUUAAACCUCUCUCCAUACGUCUACUACUCAUUCAGAGUCCUAGCUAAGAAUCGCGUUGGCUUCAGCGAGCCUAGCCUGCCUUCGAGCCAAUACAGAACAAACCCUGCAGCUCCUGAUGAAAAUCCAUCAGAUGUUCAAGGAGUAGGAAUAGAGCCUGGCAACUUAGUUAUCUCCUGGACACCACUGACAGGAUUUCAGGCUAAUGGGCCCAGUCUGCAGUACAAAGUGCAGUGGAGGCAGAAAGACUCAGAUGAGGAUUGGAUUGAAAGGACUGUGGCCAACGUUUCUCAGAUUGUUGUGUCUGGAACUCCAACCUAUGUGCCCUAUGAGAUCAAGGUUCAAGCUUUGAAUGAUUAUGGCUAUGGGCCAGAGCCUGGAGCAGUGAUUGGAUACUCUGGAGAGGACUUGCCUUCAUCAGCUCCCGAUAAUGUGCAGAUCAUGGUUCACAACAGCACACUCGCAGAAGUACACUGGGAGCCUGUAGCUUUACCCUCUGUCAGAGGGAAACUACAGGGAUACAAGGUAUACUACCGUCGCGAGCGGGGCGUGCAUGAGACAGAGGUGGAGACGGAGCAGCAGGAGCAGGUUUUGACAUUUAGUGGGAAUCGUAGCGAGGGACGUCUGCCAGGCCUCGAGCCUUACAGCCUCUACAACCUCUCCAUCAGGGUCCUUAAUAACAAAGGAGAAGGGCCUCCUAGCCCCAGCAAGAGGUUCGAGACACCUGAAGGAGUCCCAGGGCCUCCUGCUUUUCUGAAUGUCAUAAACCCUGGUUUGGACUCUCUCACUCUUGAAUGGGGCCCACCAAUGAAAAACAAUGGACGUCUUGCUGGAUACAUACUGAAAUACCAACCAGUCAACAAUACCAAUGAACUGGGACCAGUUAAGGUCAAGAACUUCCUAGCCAACGAGACCACCUUUACCUUGGACAACCUGAAUUCCAGCAUGCUCUACAGGUUUACCUUAAAUGCAAAGACAAUCAAGGGCUCUGGCCCCACCAUCACCGAGGAGUCCUUCACAGCUAUGGACACAAUUCGUACUCAGCCCACUGUAGAGGCGGGCAAAGGCCCCACAGAGCCCCCUCACCCAACCUCCCCCAUCACUCAGUCUCCGCCUCCCCCGUUUCACAAGGUGGCACCUAUAGGCCCUGCAUUUGGCACAGUUAACACAUCUGUGUCGGAGGACGGUGCAGUGAUCAGUUGGGAUUACUUUGGACACCAUAAGAAUGUAUAUGUGGAAUAUAUUGUAGAAAACAGUAAAGAGGACUGGAAAAAGGAGUUGGUAAACGGUUCACACUGGCAUAUGAUAAAAGGUUUAAAGCCGGGGACAUCCUAUAGAGUGCGCGUGGUAGCUAGAGACCCGGCUGACCCGACGGUCCACAGCACAGGGGAAGUGUUGGUUGCGGUGCCAGCUGUACCCAGCCGGCAGGUCGACAUUGCCACCCAGGGAUGGUUUAUUGGACUGAUGUGUGCCAUCGCUCUCCUCAUCUUGGUCCUUCUCAUAGUGUGCUUCAUCAAGAGGAACAAGGGUGGCAAAUACCCUGUGAAAGAGAAAGAAGAUGCUCACCAAGACCCCGAGAUUCAGCCCAUGAAGGAGGAUGAUGGGACGUUUGGAGAGUACAGUGACACAGAGGACCACAAGCCGCUGAAGGGCAGUCGGACGCCGUCCAAUGGGACAGUGCGCCGUGACGAGAGCGACGACAGCCUGGUGGACUACGGGGAGGGCGGGGACGGACAGUUCAAUGAGGACGGCUCCUUCAUCGGCCAGUACAGCGGCAAGAAAGAGAAAGACACGCACGAAGGCAACGAGAGUUCGGAGGCCCCAUCGCCUGUCAACGCCAUGAACUCGUUUGUCUAACAAAGGGGCCGCGGCCUGGCUGGGAUGGUUGCUAUGGCCCACGCCUUGUCACCCUGGCAAAUGUGACCAUGGGGACUGUCUCUGCGGUGACAGUUGCUAAGGUGACAGUCGUUGUGGACACCUACUCUCACCAUGGUGGCUGUCACUUCGGUGGCCAUCCCCAUGGCUACCUGUCAUCAAGACUGCUGAUAACGCCCUCAUCUCCACACCCGCCAGCCCCUGUCACACUGUGACCUCCUCUGAUCAACACACACUCAACAUGGCAAAGACCGACACCACAUCUCCCCACCCAUGAGCAUUGAAAGAAGGUGUGAAAUGAGGGAUGCAAGGACUCUGAGAAGGAGAGAGGAAGCAAUAUAGAAAAGCAGAAGGAAUGUACCAGAAGAGUUGUACCACUCAGACUGAGCAGAAGUGGCCGUGUGUGUGUGUGUGUGUGUGUGUGUGUGUGUGUGUGUGUGUGUGUGUGUGUGUGUGUGUGUGUGUGUGUGUGUGUGUGUGUGUGUGUGUGUGUGUGUGUGUGUGUGUGUUAUUGGCAUUUGAUCUCCUUUGCAAACAUACUAAACAUGAUGUAUCCAAAUAUAUAUUUUAUCAAAGUACAGUACACGACCCGCAGGCAGGCAAAUAUGCAUUGAAUCACACUCAUGAACACCUGCAUGGAGUAAAUCAUGAUUCUAUUAAGCAUUUUACCAUCCUCGUGUCAGUUGUUGCAGAGGUGAUCUGUGUGAGACUGUAUAUGGUGCACGCCUACUAGUGACUGGAUUAUGCCUCUUUUAUUGUUUUGUUUGUUUUUUCAAGUGUUCAGUGGCGUAUGAUAUAUAGAAAAAAUGGCAGCAGUGUCUUUAUGGACACUGCUGUGAAAUGUGACUCAAAGUAGAAGCUAGCAUAUGUCUUUUUGAGACAGAUGAACUGUUUGUACAUAUGUAAUAGAAUAAGAAGAAAGCUAUAUUUCGAGGUCAGGGAUGUCCCUUUGUAGUCAUUGGAAAACCUGGCUAGAACCACUUUGAACUCAGCGUUUGGUCAUUCCUUAUCACACCUACCAGCCAGCCAGAACUCCCACAUCCUUUUCCAAUCGGCCCGUUUCUAGCCUCGUGUUUUCUCAAACUUGUUCUUUGCUUGCAUUUUUUUUUUUUUUUUUGCUUUUCUUUCCCCGAUCUGUUCCUUUUACACCAAGCCUAUGCUUCUUGUUACUGAGCACUAACUUAACACAAGUGGAGGUGUGAUCCAGUGUCAUUGUCAAGUGUUUCCACCCCAAAUCGUGGCCACUGUGCAGAUAUUUGUUUUUAGGUUAUGGUAUUGGCAGAACUAACCGCUGCCCCGACCUUGUUUUCGAUAGCAUUUCCACCUAUCUGCUGUGUUUGAUGGCAGAACAGACAGAAUAAGACGUUACAUGUAGAGGUUUACUGACAGUAGACACUGUAGUUUCUGGAUAUUUAGAUGUCGAUGAUCAAGAACCUCUCAGCACGGUUUCUAGUGCCUUUGUAGAGAACAGUGACUUACAUCCAUAGAAUUACAUCCCUCUUCAUAUACAGGACACACCUGGGCUCAGUGCAGUUUAUAUAGUCCAUCAAUACAGUACAUACAGAAUAGUAUCCCAUCUUAAUCUAACGACAACUUUGAAGGCUAUGCGAGUAUUCAAGAGUACAUUAAACAAAAAAUAAGCUCUAAGGGGUUCCGCUGAUGUUGAAGAAUUUUGUUCAUUAACAGUACGACCCUUUAUUGUGAGCUAUGUGGUCAUUGAGGAUUGCAAAACAUUAACUUUAAAUGGCCUCGUUGAGUCUUUCAAUAGUUUUCAACAGGAAAUUCUAGAAAUUGAUUCCAAAAUGACCUUUUUCAGUCGUACGCUGGCAUUAGUUGUGAAGAAUAAUUUUCAGCUAUUGUUAUGGCCUUGUCGACAAUCAUACACCCGGUUAUCAUCAGCCCGUGCAACAGACCUAUCCGGCUAAGAGGUAAAGACUGAAGAAAUGUGUGGUAUAUUAAAGCGAGUAGGAAACUUCUGAGCAUGGACGCCUUGUGAGAUGUCGUCAUGUGUUCAUUUCAGACAUUGUCCUCCUAACACAUUCAUCUUGAGGAGGAGCUGCUGCCCAGCAGCAUUAAACUACUGCCAACCUACUCACCAGGUAACUGCCAACAGGAACCAGACUCACCAUCUGGCUAUUAUCAGAACGGGACUAACUGUUACUGGUAGCACUUAGAAAUUAAGGGGUCGGAAACUUGCGUAAUGAAUACUGAAUGUGGAAACAAGUGUAUCUGUUUAUGUGAAUGAAAAUAAUUGCUUGUUUCACUGCAAAUGGUAAAACACACUGGUGACUUUGGUUUAUGCAUUUAACCUUAUAUCUGUGUAUGUUGUCACGUUCUGAGCGCAGCACUCAGUGAGUUUUAUAUUCCUGUAAAUGAAUGAAGCUUGUGUGUGAAUGUUUGGGUGCAUGAGUGUGUGUAUGUGUGUGUGCGCGUGUGUGUGUGCAGCACAUGCAUGCUACUGUGUUACAGCGUGCGUGAUGUAUACUACCGCUUUCAAUUUCCAUGGAUAACCGUCUAAUUCUGAUGUGUGUCCUGCAGUCUGCUCUCAACAGGAGAUACAAGACUUUUUUUUUUUCCAGAGAACAUUUCCACGUCUUAGGUUUAUCAUAACUUGCAUCAAGUUUUUAGGUUUGCGAUGUGUCAGCUUUCACGUGUAGAUAUUUUUGUUGUAUUUUGUAAAUAAUGGCUUGAAUUGAGCGUAGAUGUGUUGAGGUCAGAGGUGAGAGCUUUGACCUCAAUUGACCCUGCUGCAUUAUGGGUAGGAGGGCGUUGUGUGAGAUGAGACUAUUUACAGUUUUCACUCGUUCAUUUGCUGUGAAAUUUCUUUAAUUUCUUUCAUAUUUUCUUUUUUUAACUUGCCAGGUGGAUUUGCUAGCUCAAAUGUUUAGCCUAUCAGGUAUCAAAGGAGAUUAUUUAACUUGUGACUGAGCUCUUGUGACACCUGUAUUGUUUCUGUCUCUGACAGUUCAUGCACCUUUUUUUUCCUGUAUUUUUUUAUAAAAAAGGUACACACUUCAACAAGAGGUAUCACUCACACCUCUGCGUGUCUAGUUUACAACAACAACAUCUGGUGUCUGAACACGGCUGGAAACUGAAAACUGUUGUCCUAAACUAGACAUCAGGUGACACUAAUACAUCCUUUUUUAAGAGUGUGCAUCUAAAAAAAACAAAACUGUAAUUUGGAGCAUACAGAAGGAUGGCCGGCAUGGAACAGAUAAGCGGACUGGCACAUCGGAGUGUGAAAACCCUGGAAACAAUGUUCUAGUGACUGGUGAACAUACAGUAGGAUAUACAGUAUAUGAUAUGAUAUAAUAUGACAUUCUGGUUAAUGUUGAAGCUAUACGAGAAGCAUGAAAGGCUGUCAAAAUGGUUUACUCUACAAUAUAAUAUUGCAAAAUAUUUUGUAUUUUAAAUGAAGUUUAAAAAAAAUGAAAUAAAUGUUGGUUUCAGGAUUUCAAAA